AUGUACUAUACCUCAUGGGUCAAGCCCAACAACAUCUCAACCAAUAGUAACAUUUCCAGUCUUUGUGAUCAGAUCAACAAAAAGUUUAGGGUGGAACCUCAAGAGAUCCAAGACAAAGUUAUGCACAUCCAUAACAAGCAACAUACUGUUCUGAUGGGUGGGCCAGAUCUGGUGGAUGCUGAGGAGCAGUGUGUGAUUGCAAGCCUUCACAUCAGGAAGAAUAGAUGUGGACUUAAUUUUGCAGAGUCUUACUGUCACUUUGACUCCACUGUGGUGCAAGCAUAUGUGGAAUUCCUUGACUCCAAGCUUUCCUCCUCCAUCAGCAAGAAAACAGGCCAUGACAAGGGCAGCGACACAAACAAUGGUGCUGAUGUCAUGAAGGGUGACAAUGAUGACAAGCCUGACAACCACAGGAACAUGGAUGACAAAGAUGACACUGAUGUUGGUGAGGGUCAGGAAGGUAACAAUGCAGGCAUUGGCAAGGACAAUGAAGGGGAUGAUGUGGGCAUUGGUGAUGACCAGGAAGGUGAUGAUUCAGGCAUUGAUGAUGACCAGGAGGUCGACAAUGCUGGGCAUUCAGACAAGUUGAGCAAUGCUUCCACUCUCAUAUUUAUAUUCUCAACACUUUGGUAUUUAAGUGUUGCAAAUUCUCGUGAUGCUCUCGCAACAUCAUGUUAUCCUAUCAUCUUGCCACUGCACAUUCAGACCAUGCAUCCAAGUAUUGCAAGUCCAGCCAAAACUCCAGCAUAUGUUGCAACACCUUCACACAUUGCAAUGCCCAGUUCCAUCAUGGGACUUCCAAGUGUUGCAAUGCCUGAGUGCACUCUUGUCCCUUCAGCAAGUAUCCAGCCUUCUGCUCUUUCGGUGCAGAACUGGAUAGCAUUCUCCAGGCCUGACACAAUGUCAAUGUUUACACCACAGUGGAACUUCGAUGGCCUACCACUCAUUAGCUCUAACCCUGCAACUGUCCAUGCUAUGAACCAUUUGAUGUCUCUUACUGGUAGUACUACCAAUCCAUAUCUGGACUAUUUCACAAUGGCAGGGCAAUAUGAGCACUUGACACAAGACCUGCCUUUGUUACCUCCCACCCCAUCUGAUGACAGCUCUCUGCCACCAGCCUCCAAGGUGCUUGGGGACCCUCCGCUAGGCUGUCCUAAACACGAACCAGUCCCAUCCUUGCAUGCCCAGCAAGACAACAUGAUAGGCAAUGUGGAUAAGGAGAAUGGUUUGGCAGUGCAUAGGGUGAAGAAGAAGCAGUCUGAACUCAAGGAUGGUGUGGCAAGGAAGUCAAAGAAAAGGAAGACAGUUCCUUAA